CCCUCUCUAUCUUUGCUCACGUGUGUGCAGAAACACUGUGGGAAGCUCUCUUGCUCCCACACAGCCUGGAAUCUCAUGUUUGAGUCGUCACUGCUGAUGGGGUCGAGAUACAUUGUUGUGACUUCAGAGGCGUGUUCACAGCGCGAAUGGAGAACCCCUGUCAUUCACUGGAUCCACUACUGUUUACGGCUAUGUUCUGGGGUGGACGAUGCCUGUUGAUCUGUCUAUAAAAACAGCUCUGGUGCAGGAUAAGAAGAAGAGGCAUUCUUAUGUCCGAGUUUUAGGAUGGCCAGUGAAAUCUCCUCUAUUCCCAGUCCUGUUUUCCGCCAAAUUGACAAGCAGUUCCUGAUCUGCAGCAUAUGUCUGGACCGCUACGAAAACCCCAAAGUCCUGCCCUGCCUGCACACUUUCUGUGAGAGGUGCCUGCAAAACUACAUCCCGGCCCACAGCCUCACUUUGUCGUGUCCGGUUUGCCGCCAGACCUCCAUCCUGCCGGAAAAAGGUGUGGCGGCAUUGCAGAGCAACUUCUUCAUCACCAACCUGAUGGAUGUGCUGCAGCGGGCGCCAGACAACUGCAGCCAAGAGGACACCAUUCUUAACAACAUCGCCUGUGUUGCAACAGGCCAACUGCUGUCUUGCCCCAACCAUGGAGGCAGUGUCAUGGAGUUUUACUGUCCUCCAUGUGAGACAGCCAUGUGUCAGGAGUGCACAAGUGGCGAACACGGAGAACACCCUACUGUGCCUCUCAGGGAUGUCGUUGAGCAACACAAGGCUUCAUUACAAGACCAACUUGACGUUGCCAAGAAGAGGUUACCAGAGAUCGACUCAGCUUUGCACAUGCUGUCAGAGAUUUUGCAACAACUGACAAAUCAGAAAAGCUUAAUUGAGGAUGACAUCCACACAACCUUUGAUGAGCUUCAGAAGACUCUCAAUGUCCGCAAGAGUGUCCUUCUCAUGGAGCUGGAGGUCAACUAUGGUCUCAAGCAGAAGGUGCUUCAAGCCCAGCUGGAUACCCUGCUGCAGGGGCAGGAGGGCAUUAACAGUAGCUGCAACUUCACAGAGCAAGCCCUGAACCAUGGCACAGAGGCCGAGGUGCUCCUGGUGAAGAAGCAGAUGGGUGAGCGUCUCAUGGAGCUGGCCAGCCAGGAGCUGCCUCUGCACCCUAAAGAGAAUAACCAACUGGACUUCCUUGUGGAAACAGAGGGACUAAAGAAGUCCAUCCACAAUCUGGGAACUAUUGUAACCACCAAUGCUGUGGCAUCUGAAACGGUGGCAACAGGUGAAAGCUUACGGCACUGUGUGGUGGGAGUGCCCACAUCUAUCACCAUAACAACCAAGGACAAGGAUGGGGAGUUGUGCAAGAUGGGAAAUGCACUCAUCACUACUGAAAUCUCCCCACCUGAUAACAGCAGGGACAUUGGAGAAAUACUGGACAACAAAAAUGGCACUUAUGAGUACAUUUUCACUGCUGCAAAAGAGGGCACUUUUAACCUAUCUCUGCGCCUGUAUAACCAGCACAUCAAAGGAAGCCCCUUCAGAAUUAAAGCCAUCAAGUCCAUAGAUGCCUGCCCAAAAUCUGAUGGGACAAAGAAAAGGCUUAAGUCUCCAGGUAGUGGACACAUUAAGCAGAGGGCCAUCAAGAGGCCAGCCAGUAUGUACAGCUCAGGACGGAGAAAGGAGAACCCUAUUGAGGAUGAUCUCAUCUUCAGAAUUGGCACGAAAGGAAGAAACAAAGGAGAAUUCACAAAUCUGCAGGGAGUGGCUGCCUCAUCUCUGGGAAAGGUGCUAAUAGCAGACAGCAACAACCAAUGUGUUCAGAUGUUUUCAAAUGAUGGCCAGUUCAAAAGUCGCUUUGGUGUCCGGGGCAGGACUCCAGGUCAGCUGCAGCGGCCGACGGGCGUGGCCGUGCACCCAAAUGGAGACAUCAUCAUCGCUGACUAUGAUAACAAAUGGGUCAGCAUAUUUUCAAGUGAAGGCAAGUUUAAGAAUAAGAUCGGCUCUGGGAAGCUUAUGGGACCUAAAGGCGUGGCUGUGGACAAAAAUGGACACAUCAUUGUGGUCGACAACAAAGCCUGCUGCGUCUUCAUCUUUCAGGUCAACGGGAAGCUAGUUACCAAGUUUGGCAACCGAGGAAAUGGCGACAAGCAGUUUGCAGGCCCUCACUUUGCUGCCGUCAAUAACAACAAUGAAAUCAUUGUGACCGAUUUCCAUAACCACUCUGUCAAGGUGUUCAACACUGAAGGGGAAUUCCUGCUGAAGUUUGGGUCCAAUGGUGAAGGCAAUGGGCAGUUCAACGCCCCCACAGGGGUUUCAGUGGAUGCCAAUGGAAACAUCAUAGUAGCAGACUGGGGCAACAGCAGGAUACAGGUGUUUGAUGGCAGCGGCUCUUUCCUCUCCUACAUCAACACAUCAGCAGACCCGCUGUACGGGCCGCAGGGGCUGGCGCUCACUUCUGAUGGACACGUCGUCGUGGCCGAUUCUGGCAACCACUGCUUCAAAGUGUACCGCUACCUGCAGUAGCUCAUGUCAUUCUCUAUGAACCACCUGUGCUGUGCUACAGUCAACCACUCAUCUUCAUAUGGAAACUGUUUAACGUCUUAGAUUUUUCUUCUAAUAUUUGGCUUUUUGUGCCAAAAACAACUGAAUAAUGCCAGGUAAUGAAUAAUCUCAGACACCCACAGCUUGCUGAUCAUUGAUGCACUAAUGUAAAUUUGUUCACAUCCUAAUUAUCGUAUGCUGAUUAAAAAAAAGCAACUUUAUCACCAUGCAGAAAACUGGGAAAUAGAAAGAAACAGCUUUUUAAGGAGGAAUGAGAUUAAAGAGAACCUUAUCACCCUAGAAAUUGUAAAUCACGGUAAUUAAAACUGUUGAAUCUUGUUGAAAUAUUGGAAGUUCUGAUAAUUUGCCUGUUCACAAAAGCAGAAAACAUUGCGCCACCUUCAUGCUUUAGAGCAUGAAAAGACUAUCUCUGAGCAUGACGUAAAUUAUCUUGCACAAUUUGUAUGACAUUACCAUUACUGCAAAAAUGUUCAUUAGAGGUAUUAUUCUAAGAAUGAUGCUUAAGACGGCAAUAGUGUGGGAAAUCAAUUCCACCCUCUUCUGCUCUUGGGUCAGAUACAACACACAGCUCCUUAGUUACGCCACAAAACUGUUUAUGUUAAUGUUUGUAUGUAAAAUAUUUGUUUCCAUUUGUAUGUUUUUAUUUUUUAUUUUUAUUCAUGAUCCACUUUGUUUUCCUUUUUAAGUCUAAGGGCAAAUGUUGGCAAAAAUGCUGAGAUUUGGUCCCAACAAAAUGUAUGCAACGACACUAGAGGUAGAGCUUCAAUCACCUUUACUUCUUUUCAUUGUACAUCUGUGUUUUCAGUAUGUUCGUCAUGAUCUUAGGAAGUGUAUAUUUUGGCAACUGUUUUCACGAAAGGAAAAGGGAGAAGAUGGAGUAUGAAGUUCAUCAAGUAAAAUUGUAAUAAUGCAUCUGGGUUCCUGCUUUAGAAAACUUGGAUAAUUUUCUUUUAAGCACAUAAUUGUCACUAUUUGUAAUUUUGACUUUGGUCCCUCAUUUUCUACACAAUCCUGUAAAAGUUUUAUUUUAUGUAUUUAUUUUUAUUUUAACGCCAAGUGAAAUUAAAGUGCCCAAAGAAAACA